GAGGAAAGGGUGGAAGUUGGUGUCUCGGAAGGAGAAUUAGAUGCUAGUGAUGCUUGAUAUAUAACAAAGAUCAACUAAAAUUGGUGCACCAAAAGUUUCCAGACGUGGAAGAAGAAGAACAACAAUGACUGGUAAAAGUCCAAUUACUCAACGGACAGCGAGACAUGGCUCACACAAACUGUGCAAAUUUGAUUUAGCGGAUCUAGAAUGGACAAAUAUGAUUCCAGAGUGUCCAACAUACCACCCAUCAGAGUAUGAGUUUGAGCAUCCUUUAGUUUAUCUGCAGAAGAUUGCUCCUGAGGCUUCUAAAUAUGGUAUAUGCAAAAUUGUUUCUCCAAUUGCAGCCUCUAACCCAGCUGCUUUUGUCUUAAUGAAAGAGAAAAAAGAUUUCAAGUUUGAAACAAAUGUACAGCCUCUUCGUCUUUCUAAAUGGAAUGAAAAGGAUAUAAUAACCUUUUCUAUGAGAGGCAGAAAAUAUACAUAUCAUGACUUUGAGGUUCUUGCAAACAAGGCCUUUUUUAGUAGAUUUCACAGUUCUAGAGACCUUCCUUCUUCUUAUGUGGAAAAGGAAUUCUGGCAUGAGAUGGCUCAUGGAGAAAAAGGAACAGUUGAGUACGGAGUCAAUGUCGAAGGUAGUGCCUUUUCAUGUGAUCCUAAUGACAGGCUUGGAACAAGCAAAUGGAAUUUGAAGAAUUUUUCACGGCUUCCACAAUCCCUGUUACGUUUAGUUGACAGGAAAAUUCCCGGAAUAACUGAUCCUAUGCUUUACAUUGGGAUGCUGUUCAGUAUGUUUGCGUGGCAUGUUGAAGAUCAUUAUUUGUACAGCAUAAACUUUCAUCACUCAGGUGCAAAUAAAACUUGGUAUGGCGUGCCUGGCCAUGCAGCAUCACAAUUUGAAAAGACUGUCUUACAACAUGUGUAUUGCAAUAAGAUCAUAACAAAACAUGGAGAGGAUGGAGCUUUCAAGUUUCUAGCACAAAAAACAACCAUGUUCCCACCAAACGUCAUGUUACAACAUGAUGUGGCAGUUUACAAGGCUGUACAAAAGCCAGGAGAGUUUAUCAUCACCUUUCCUAGAGCAUAUCAUGCUGGAUUUAGCCAUGGUUUUAACUGUGGAGAAGCAGUAAACUUUGCAAAUGGUGAUUGGUUUCCACUUGGGGCUGCAGCUAGCAUGCGUUAUACGCAUCUCAAAAUGAUGCCUUUAAUUCCAUAUGAGGAACUUCUUUGUAAAGAGGCAAUGUUGGUUUUCAAGUCCUCAAGAGUCAGAAGUUCCAAGAACAAACCUGAAGACAAAACAUCUUAUCAAGCUAUUAUGCUGCCUUUUGUGCAUCUUGUGCAAUCUUAUAAGACCUCCCUCCUGCGACUGAACAGUUCAAGAAAGUUGCCUAGUUCUUCAAAUACAACAGGUUCUCAGAUAUGCAGCCUUUGCUACAGGGAUUGUUAUGUAGCUUACUUCUUGUGCAAGUACUGCUUUUCUCAUCCAAUUUGUCUUUUCCAUGACAUUGCACCACAGACGUGUUUAUGUGGAAGAGAUUAUACUAUUUUCAAAAGGAAUGACAUUUUUGCACUGGAAGAAGCUGCAAAAAGUUCUCAACAGGGAAAAGAAUGUAAUAAUCCUUGGCAGAGAGAAAAAAGUGUAAGAGGAACUGCUAGUUCUCUAGGGGCUGCAUCUAAACCGAAAACAAAAGUGGCUGACAGCACCAAGCACAGUGUUGAAAGGAAUAAGUCAACAAUGAAACACUGGAGAAACAAUGGGCUUCCAUCUGUGAGGGGUACCGAAAGGCCAGGAAUCAUUUAUAACCUGAGAAAAAGCAAAUCAAAGUUGAUUUAGUUACAGCAGUAACUUCCUUGGGAAACUUCUAACAAUUGAGUCUGAAAAAAUAAAAUAAGAUAUUAACCUUCUUUUCUCAAUUCACAGGAUAGCCACUUGUCAAAUUGAGACAGAUUUUUCCUGAUUCAUCUGCUGAAAUAUACAUUAUUUAAAAGUAUC